AUGGAUCACUCAACCCUAGUCUUCGCAUCCGUCUUCCCGGUCCUGUCCUUCUCGCACAGCACGCCCACGCCGGUUGCGACGCCGGACCUAGGUUCCACCGCGCCAGGCAACUCGUUUGGGAGUCCCUAUGCACUGCGCAAUACCGACGCACGAGGCCAAGGCCAAGGACAACACCGAACGGUCCGGCGCAACCUUGCAUGGAGCUGUGCUACGAGAUUCCUAAGCUUGCCCCAGGACGUGUCUUUUGCUCCACGGAUACAAAAGAAUAGAGAGGUGGAAGAGGCACUGAAUUACCUGUUGGUUGGCGAGGGCAAGAGCGAGGACGGCAACGAAGAAAGCCUGGUGGAAUGGUAUACGAACGAGUGCCGGCUACACUUUGCGAACCAUGUCAGACCAGGGCUGGAGGAUUUGUGGGGGCAAAAAGUCGAACUGCAGUGCGCAUGGGACAUACUUGACGAGACUCAGCGCACUCUCGAGCAGGUGCAGAAUGUGUACCUGGAGCCCUUUACCGAGCACUUGCUGCUGGUUUUACAGCAAAACGCAAGUAGCUCGACACUUUGGCCCAACAAGCAAACGCAGACUGCUGAUGCCGAUGCGGUGAGUGCGGUGGAUUGGAAGUUUCGAAGCGAUAUCCAGGCGGUUUUUGCGUACUGUCUGCCGCUGCAGCGGUACUCGAAGACGCUCAGUUAUGUCCUGUACGAUGCGGGAUGUAGAUUGUUCCGGAUCUACAACCGACAGGACGGCAUGGAGACGAGAUCUCAGGACACAAAGAAGGUUAGAAAGCGAAUGACGACGCUUCUCCAAGGACUGGAGCGCAGUGGGCUGGGCGGUGACAGCGCGCAAAAGGCUUUUGCGCAUGCGAUGACCAAGCUGGUGGAUUCGUUUAUUGGGAGCCAUUACCUCAAGGUUGAUUGGUAUUCCAAGAAGACUGUUGUGCCGCAGUUGAAGCUGUGGAUCCAGGACGGCUUUUGUCCGCUUGUCGAGCUGGUGCUGGAAUGCCUGAGAUGCGAGCAGAGUAGCAUUCUACCGACCGAAGUUUCCUCGUGGCAGGAGAUGGCGCUCGGUAGGCUGGGAAGAGCGCGAGUUGACGACUUGUUUGAUUUUGUCAUCAAUUGGGAUAAGAGCAUGGGCGCUAUCCUGGACAUCAAGGAGUACCUCAAGGUUACAAAUGCGAAACAGCAUCUUACGUCGAGCUUUUCACAGCAAAUAUCGAGACGCUUACUGCAUCCUGGAGCUACGACAACGUAUAUCCUGAAUGUGUACAUCUCCAUUAUUCGCUCUUUCCAUGAGUUGGAGCCCAAGGGAGUGCUGCUCGAACGAGUAGCGAGACCGAUUCGAAGGUACCUGAAGGAACGCGAUAACACAGCCCGGAUUAUUAUACUAAGUCUGCUUACUGAUCUCAACGACGAGACAGGCAGCAAGUUCUCUUCCAACAGCGAGCUUUCAUACGAAAUCGCAAGCGAAAUGGCGAAGCCUUUUGCAAACUUUGGGCAAGAUGCCGACGAGGAGCUCAACUGGAACGACAUGAAUUGGCAGCCAUUGCCCCAAGACGCCUCGCCAGAUUACAAAAAGUCAAAGGUCGAGGACGUCAUCUGGUUCCUGCUGACCUUGUGGGAACGCGAUGACUUUAUUAAUGAGCUGAAGAACAUAUAUGGAGAUCACUUGCUUAGGUGCCAGGACCCAGAGUAUGUCAAGGAGAUUAGGCUGCUGGAGCUGAUCAAGGUACGACUGGGAGAUGACAAGCUACAAGCAUGUGAAGUCAUGCUGCGCGACGUCCUUGAGUCCAGGCGUAUCAACAGCACAAUCCGUACAACCAUCAAUACACCAGCUUCAAACUCGCUGGUUACGCCGGAUAAUCGUAGUAAGGGGCCUCAGACACCAGAUGGUCGGCAACCAAGAACACCACGGCCUCGUCGUGGAACGAGGUCAACCAAAAAUGCUACACCUUCUGGCCCGACUACAGCGCCACCUGCUGGUCCUACACUCAACGCACAGAUUCUAUCGUCGUUCUUUUGGCCACAACUGCGCGAUGAUACGUUCCGCGUGCCCGCACAGAUUGAUGCGUUGCAAAAGGAGUACGAAUCGCGCUUCGAACGCAUCAAAGGCAUGCGCAAGCUGCGCUGGAUGAACGCCCUAGGCACUAGCUCCAUAACGCUCAGCUUCGCCGACCGCACAGAAGAAUUCGACAACCUCACCCCCUGGCAAGUCAGCGUCAUCUACGCCUUCCAGCCCCAACCCGGCGAAGAAGCGCAAAGCACCGCCGCCAAACGCGACGAAGGCACCACGCGCACCGUAUCCCAACUCGAAGAAAUGCUCGAAAUGGACGAGUCCCUCGUCCACCAAGCCCUCAGCUUCUGGGUCGGAAAAUCCGUCCUCCGAUUCCACCCCCCAUGCACCUACUCCACCAUCGAGUCGCUCCCCAAAGCCUCAUCGAAAACCGGUGCCAACGACGCCGAUGCCGCGGCCGCCGCAGAGGAACGCGCAGCCAUCCAGGCCGACACAACAAACAACACGGUUAAAUCCCAGAGCGAAAUGCUCGAGCAGAAGAAAGAUAUCUACACGGCGUUUAUCCUCGGGAUGCUGACCAACCAGGGUAACAUGAAUGCCGGCCGUAUUGCAAUGAUGAUGCGGAUGAUGGUUCAGGGAGGCUUUCCGUUUGGCGCUGAGGAGGUGGGUUGGUUGCUCGAGCAGUUGGAGGCCAAGGGGAAAGUGGUUAGGGUUGGCGGCGAUGUUUGGGGUAUCAGGAAGUAA